CGGCACCGGAGCCCGGCGAGGCGGCGGCGGAGCUCGGAGGCGGCUCCAGCCCAGGGUGCCAUCAGCGCGGCUGGAAAGCUGUUCCCGAGGCCGAGCUCUCAAAGGAUCUGCCAGCAGCACUCCCGAUGUCUCGAAAUCAAGGUGCUGUUUGUUUCAGGCACAGAGAUAGCGCCUGUGAGCAGGAGAAGAGUGAAUUCUGCUCCAUGAGCAGCGUUGCGAAUGAGCCCCGGAAUCUCCAGGAGGGACCAGCAGCCGCGCUUCCACACUUGCCUGGGGCCCAAGAAGUCUCUGGGCAUAAGCAGGGGGAUGCCACUUCUGAGCGUGCAGUGAGUGCAUUUGUGGAGAAUGGAUUCUACACCAGGGAUGGAAGUGUGAGGGAGCCCCUGGCUCCGCAGGGCAAAGCAGCAACGGGCAAUAAACACAAAAGGAACCUCAGAAGAUUCCUGGGUGAACGGUUCAGGUGCCAUCCCGUGCGCACGGCAGUGCUGAUUCUGCUGCUCCUGGUGCUGGUGUUGGCUUUGGGGGCGGCCGUGGCUGUGCUGGCAGCACCACAGCUUCCAGUAACACCUGCGACUCCGCUGUUGUUUCUGGACUGUCCCCAUGGCUGGGUUGGGUACAGUGGGGUCUGCUACUAUUUCCCAAGGGAAUACAGCACGUGGGAUCAGGGUCAGGAACGGUGCUCCGAGCUCAAUGCCUCCCUGGCCAUUGCCAAGGAUGAUGAGGCCAUGGAUUUGCUCUCCCGCCUCUGUGGGGAUUUCGGUUACUGGCUCGGACUGCGCAGACGGGGCGAGCGCCUGCACUGGGGGGACGGCAGCAGCUACAGCUCCCGGGUUCCUGUCCUCGGCAGUUCCGAGUGUGUGUACCUGGCUGACGAGAGAUUCAAGAGUGGGAACUGCUCCAGUGAGCGGCCGUAUGUCUGCAGCAAGGCCCAAGCUCCCCUGUAACAGGGGCUGCACAAAGGACCUUCUCCACGCUGGGCAGCUCCAGCUUCACCUCUGAGCCCAGCACAGCGCUGUCCUUCCUCAACUGCGCCCUGUGCCUUGCACUUCCUCUCAGGGUCACCUCAGUGCCUCUUCAUC